AAGAUGGCGGCGUGUAUGAGUGCUGGAUCUGAUGUUUUUAUUAGCCUGAAGUUUGUCAUUUGAAGUGCUGUAUUAAGCAAGCUGUGCACGUCAGUCUUUAAUAUAUCGUGUAUGAGACUCGGGCUCCGGUCGUUCAAAUGUCCGAGGGCAGAUAGAUAGACGGGAAUGUGAUAGCUCACUGCGCUCAGACAGGUUGAGUUGUGUUGGUGGCCAGUUUGACGCUAAAAUUGACAGCUUUAAUCAGCUAGCAGUUCACAUACUCCGAGAGGACAUCGUGCACGAAACUCAGCAAAUGUGACCUUCUGUCUGGCCAAUAACAUCCUACUAGUCAGAUCCAUCACGUUCAUAUCUGCUCUGGUCAUAUGUUUAGAAAUAUAAUGCUCUCCCGAGCUGUAAGGAAAUCUCUCUCCUAUGGAAAUGCAGUAUUGGCGGGUUUCUCUGGCAGCUAUUAUUGCAGUCGUGUGUGUUUUCAUCAGACCGCCGUGUGUAAAGUUGCUUCGCAAGCUGAAUGUGCCUUCAGACCUGCGAAAGUGGCUGUUGUGACUAAAACCACACGAUAUGAGUUCGAGCAGCAGAGAUAUCGCUAUGCGGGACUGUCGGAGGAGGACCUCAAACAGCUGCUUGCUCUAAAAGGAUCGAGUUACAGUGGGCUUCUGGAGAGGCACAAUAUACACACCUUCAAUGUUGGACAUAUUGUGGAAAGUCUACAAAAACAGGGGAUUGAGGUGCGUGUUGUAAAAAGAGGAGAGUAUGAUGAGGAGACGGUACGAUGGGCCGAUGCCAUCAUCUCUGCUGGAGGUGAUGGCACCAUGCUGCUAGUUGCUAGUAAAGUGUAUGAUAAGAGCAAACCUGUAUUGGGUGUCAAUACAGACCCAGAGAGGUCGGAGGGUCACCUGUGUUUGCCCGUCCGCUACACACACGCCUUUUCUGAGGCCUUGCAGAAACUCAGGAAGGGAGAUUUCAGGUGGCAGUGGCGUCAGCGUAUCCGCAUGCAUCUGGAGGGCACCGGCAUCAAUCCCACUCCAGUGGACCUUCAUGAACUGCAGCUGAGUCUUCAACAGCACAGCAAAGCCCACCGAAUCAGCACAGGCACCCAGAGCAGCACUCCCCACGACAGUCCCGAAGCGCCUCAUUUACUGCCAGUCCGUGGGCUCAAUGAGAUCUUCAUUGGCGAGUCUCUGUCCUCCAGGGCUUCAUACUAUGAAAUCUCCAUUGAUGACGGGCCGUGGGAAAAACAGAAGAGCUCAGGCCUCAGCAUUUGCACUGGAACUGGAUCCAAAGCCUGGUCUUACAAUAUUAAUAAGCUGGUGGAGCAGGCAGUGGAGGAUGUACUCAGAAUAGCUAAAACAAAGACUGGUUUGGAGGUGCCUCUAAACCGGGAGUUCGUUGAGAGUGUAACAGACACGUACAAUGAGUCUCUAAUCUUCAGCCCAGAGGAAGACAAACUGUUCUUCAGUGUGAGAGAGCCCAUAGUCAACAGAGUAUUCUCCAACAGCCGACAAAGAGGCUUUGCCAAAAAAGUUUGCGUUCGCUCGAGAUGCUGGGAUGCCUGCAUGGUAGUAGACGGUGGAACGUCCUUCGAGUUUAACGACGGUGCCAUUGCUACAAUCAGCUUAAACGAGGAGGACCUGCUGCGAACUGUCAUUCUUGAUUAAAUCCUGUGAUUCAUCAAACUGUUGCUUGACAAGCUUGAAUAUAUUUAUUGAGGAACGAACUGUCAUCAAAGCCAGACUUUGAGAUGAACAGCGAGGUUUGAGUAUGAAGUGUACAUAAAAUCACACUUCCAUAGUCUAUGAUUACAGCUUUCAGGAAUAAACACAUCUUUCCUAGAUACACCACCAU